CUGGAAGACUUGGUUCAGGACCUGGAUAUGUUCCGCCAUGUUUUUGGAAAAUAUGAGGAUGUCGUCCAUAUAUACGGUUAUUUUCCGUGCUGUAAUGAGUUCUCUGAAGAUCAUGUUCAUCAUGGCUUGGAAAGUGGCUGGCGAGUUGGUAAGGCCGAAGAACAUCACUGUGGGUUCGUAAGAACCUAA